GUUUGAUCUCUUUGGAUUGAUUGAUAAAUCGAUCACUUGGCCUGCUUCAAAGAGCAUUGCGCGCGCCGGUGAUUCAAAUCCUUGAGAUCAUGCCGACCAUAUUAACUUCAGUGAAAGCAUCUCAGCGCUUAGACUCCCGCGGCAAGCCUACCGUGCAAGUCGAAGUGGAAACCAGAGAUGGAAAAUUCCGUGCGAUCGUGCCGUCGGGCGCAUCCAAAGGGGACUAUGAAGCCAUUGAGCUGCGGGACGGUGGUGAAGCGUACGGAGGAAAUGGAGUUGAGCAAGCAGUACGCAAUGUGCAAGAGAUCAUUGGUCCUGCGCUCUCAGGCAGGCAGUUUGACCUCGAACUGGGAUUGAAAGACGUCGACUAUUUCAUGAUCAAGCUGGACGGCUCCUCGGAUAAAAGCGAUUUGGGUGCUAACGCCAUCCUUGGGGUCAGUAUGGCUUGCGCCAGAGCAUGUGCAGCUGCGAAGAAAAUUCCACUGUAUGAUUUUCUGGCGAGCGAGCUUCAAUCACGCCACAAGGAGUACGUCGUGCCGGUGCCUUUCUUCAAUGUGCUCAACGGUGGUGUCCACUCUGGCAACACGAUGGCAUUUCAGGAAUUCAUGAUUGCGCCGACGGGAGCCGCGUCCAUCACCCAGGGUAUCCAAUGGGCGGCCGAGGUGUAUCAGGCGUUGAAAUCCAUCAUCAUCAAGAAGUUUGGCAAGGCAGCCAUUGGCAUUGGUGACGAGGGGGGUUUCGCGCCACCCAUAACUCGGCCUAGCGAAGCCUUGGAUCUCAUAAUGGCCGCGAUCGAGGCUGCAGGGCAUGAAGGACGUUUCAGAAUCGGCAUUGAUCCAGCCUCGUCGGAGUUUUAUCGAGACGGUGACUACGACUUAGGGUUCAAGUCUGACACGCCGCAGAGAUACACCAGUACAGAACUGGCAGAUUUGUACCGGAGUCUGGUCGACAAAUAUCCGAUUGUGCUGUUGGAAGACCCCUUUGCGCAAGACGACUGGGAUUCAUGGAAAUCCUUUCACAUCAUUUCUAAGCUCGCCAAUAUCGAGCUGGUGGGCGACGAUCUUCUGGCAACCAACAUCAGACGCAUAGAGAUGGCCGCAAAGGCUGACGCAUGUGACUCUCUGCUCUUGAAGAUCAACCAGAUUGGCACGAUUAGCGAAGCUAUUGCGGCGGCGGAAAGGGCAUAUGAACUUGGCUGGUCAGUCUUUGUGUCUCAUCGUUCUGGGGAGACGACGGACGACUUCAUUGCCGAUCUCACCGUCGCAAUUGGCUGCGGCCAUCUAAAGUCCGGUGCACCCUGCCGAGGCGAGCGAGUUGCCAAGUACAACCGCCUGAUGGAUAUCGAGGAGGAAUUAGAGGCAAGAAACCUGGGAUCCUCGUAUGCAGGAGAAUCGUUCCGACAUGCCCAUUCAUAGACUAGAGGUUGAUGGUGGCUCCGCAGGCUUUGAAUGAUAGAACAUUUUAACCUCGACGAAAAGCACGCACUAGGACUAGGAUCUUUGGAAGUCUGAGUCGGCCGGACAGCGUCGCUGAAGCUAAAACGGUCGCACUUGUACACUCGUGAAGUUUCGACCUUUGUGUUCUUGAUGACUUAUAUCUCAUUUCAUAUUGUCUACGUUCGCAGGCCGUUGGUAGACUGAGAGAUGGAGCGCACGCUCAUGAG